UAUAUUUUAUCUAAUAAUAUGCAGGUACAAACCGGUGUGCAGGUCCUGCGAGACAAGCAGGAGAUUGCAGAAGCUCAUCUUGAGCUUGCAAAACUUCAGCUUUCAACAAAGGCAGAUCACCUGCAAUCUGAAAGCUCACUAGAACCAUCUGAAUUGCAGCAGAAGCAACAAUAUCAGCACCAACAAGCACAUCCACCUCAACCCCAACAAUCUAUGCAACAAGCCCCUCAACUAUCAGCAAUUACUCCUCAGCCACCUCCACCUCCACCUCCACUCCCAGCUCCUAAUGCCCCACCACCCCCACCACCACCACUUCCUCAACAAAGCCAACUUCCUGUUCCUUAUGCCGCUCAAUUACCCUUACAACACCAGAUACCCUCCAUCCCUUCUCUCCCAGAACAACAGUACUCGAAACCAUCUCAUCAGUUAACACAAUACACUCCACCAGGACAGCCUAAUGAACCUAUCCAUCAGCAGCAGCAAUACCAAAUGCCUCCGUCCCAUCCACAACCCCAGCAUGGGCUACCUCAGUCCCAACUUUACCAGUCGCCACCUCAAGUACCCCAGUACUCCCAACCAAUCCAACCCGAAGAGCCAAACACCUAUAUGCCACCCUCUCAGUCCUACCUUCCAAACAUCCGACAACCCUCUCCUCAGUCCCCAACUGGACCUCCAUUGCAUCAAUACUAUGGAAGUAACCCUCCCUUGUAUGAGCUACCACCAGCAAACAGACCUAGUUCGGGGAACUUGCCCAUCUCUUCCAGCUAUGGAGGGCCUGGCUUGUCAGAGCCAUACAUCUAUGGAAAUUCGCCGUCCCACUACAACUCGAAACCAUCUCCUUUCUCCUCCGCACCACCAACUUCAGGUGGAAGCGGAAGUUACCAGCGUCUCCCUACGGCAAAGUUACUUCCUCAAGCUGCUUCGGUAGGCUCAAACCCCAGUGGUGGAGGUCCAACCGGAAACAGAGUUGCAGUUGAUGAUGUUGUUGACAAGGUUGCAACUAUGGGCUUCUCCAGGGAACAGGUUAGGGCAACAGUGAGGAAGCUGACCGAGAAUGGGCAGUCCGUUGAUCUAAAUGUGGUGCUGGAUAAGCUCAUGAAUGAUGGAGAAGUGCAUCAGCCUGCAAAGGGAUGGUUUGGACGAUGAUAACUUAGUUUUUCAUUAUAGUUCUGUGUAUAAUGUGCUCCCUCUGAAAACAUUCGUUUCCUUGUGUAUGUUUUGCAUGCGAUUUAACAAUUUACUAGUAACAUAUACAUGGAUUUCUUGAAUUCUUGCUAUGAAUUUUUUAUCUUGCUUAAUUUCAGGAAUUGAUAAUUCGUUUGUUUUAGUUGUCAACAUUGUUUCCGAGUUAAUGAAUGAGCUAUUUUUGUU